AUGGCGUCUCGCACUAAUACCAGACAAUCUGCAGAGAUGAGUCAGACAUUAUCACGACACGAUACCCAGGCCACCAAAAAAGAGAAAGUCACACUUGGAGGUAGAGUGAAGAAACUAUGGCAGAAAUCUGGGUUGGAUCAGCAAACCAUUAUCUUGAUGAUGAAGGGUGGAUUGGCUCCCACGAUUGCGGUAGCCAUAUACCAAGCCACAGAUGUGGCAGAUGAGUACACCACGCUCGGCUACCUUAUAGCCAUUGUGUCAAUCUUGGGAUUUGCCAUCAUGCCUCGUGCCAAAUUCAUUCAGAUGAUGAUCUUCGACGUCUUCGCGAUCUGCAUAGCAGCCUGCUUGGCCUUGUUGACCAUGUAUUCCAGUGUCAAGGCACGGCAGCACACCGAAACAGGAACAACUUCCUCGUACAAUUCAUCGGCAUCAGCAGUCAGUGGGGUUUGGCUAUUUUUCCAGAUUUGGCUUGUCCAUACGUUCCGGGCCAAGUACCCACAGUUCCAAUUCCCUGUCGUCCUCUACUCAAUCUUCGCCAACAUCUCGUCUAUCUAUGCCCCACAGGAAACUAGCAUGACUUCUGCGAUCGCCUUUGUAGUGAAACUGCUGAAGACCUGUCUCAGCGGACUGGCCUUGUCUAGUGGAGUAUCGCUUUUCGUCUUUCCUAUGACUUCGCGCAAAGCGGUCUUCAAACAAAUGGGCGGCUAUAUCAAAAGCCUCCGAGGAGCAUUGACCGCUCACGCGGUAUACUUCGAAAGUCUGGAAAGGGACGAUAUGUUUGGCCGGGCAGAGACGUACGAUUCUUCUCAAGAGAAAUGGGGAAAGAAAGGCAAAGUCUACAGCCCCGAGGCGGAAGCCAUUCGUGGCGCGGUCCGCGGAAUCACCGAUCUUCAUGCCAAACUUCACGGUGACUUGACCUUUGCCAAAAGAGAAUUCGCACUCGGCAAACUUGGACCAGACGAUAUCCAGUCCAUUUUUCGCCAUCUGCGCCAGAUAAUGGUUCCUGUGGUUGGACUGAGUUUCGUUGUCGACAUCUUCCAAAGACUGUCGGAUUAUAAUCGGUGGAAUGAGCCGAUUGAUCCAAACGCCGAGCCUAUUCCAAAUCAUGUUCGUGAACAGGUGGUUCAUGAUUGGAAUGAUAUCAUGAGGGCGGUGCACGACCCCUUUGCAAGAAUGAUUCAGACAAUCGACGAGGGAUUGCUGCAUACUUCAUAUGUUCUUCAUUUGGAAAAGCGCCCAAAGAAAGCGGCUGUGGCAACUAAUGGAAAUGACGACGCAGAGGGAGAUGAAAAGGACGUGGAAGCCUCUGCUGGUAAAGCGGCACCCGGCUACAAGGGAUUUGCGGAAGACUACAAGCAAAGGUUGAGCUUGUUUCGAAACGCGAAGAAGGUUGCCUUGCAAACAUGGGCCGAAGAAAAGGGGGUUUCAUUGCCACCCGACUUUUUCGAUCAUCCACCGGUGGACAGCUUAAAGGGCAAUUUCUUUGAUGCCUCCGCUUCGUAUCAAGAUCGGAGUCGCCGUCAGUUAUACCUUUUCCUCUACAUGGAACAACUACUGUAUUCGACCGGUCAGACUGUCCUUGGAUUUGUGCAGUAUGCCGAUGGUGUUGCUGCAAAAGGAAAGCUGUCCCGAACUCGGCUUAUUAUUCCUGGUGCAAAGCGUCUUCUGAAGUGGGGAAAGACAUUUCUGAUUGCUCCAGAGAACCACGAAGACGAUCAUUUGGGAGAUAUCCAUACCCAAAACACUUCUCUGGAACUUGGAGAGGCCUACCGGCAUCGCAAAGAUCCUGAACAUCUGCCCCCGUCAAAUCUGUUUCAAAAAGUAGGAGAUAAGAUUCGGGUAAUCCCACGCUUUCUUCGCUCCUUUGAAUCCUCGUACGGAUUCCGCGUUGCUUGCGCUACAAUGACUAUUGCAGUCAUUGCUUUCUUACAUCCCACGCAAGACUUCUUUACCAAGCAGCGGUUGGUGUGGGCCAUGAUCAUGGUCAAUCUGAGCAUGUCACCCACAUCAGGUCAAAGUAUCUUCAGCUUCGUACUUCGAAUUAUCGGCACCACCAUUGCGAUGGUAGUAAGUCUGUUGAUUUGGUAUAUUCCUGACCAAAAGACACCCGGUAUUAUCGUCUUCCUCUUCAUCUUCGUUUCAAUUGGCUUCUAUGUGCCAAUCAAGUUAUUCCGGUUCCGUGUCGUUGGCCUGAUCAGCGUCGUCACAACAACCAUGAUCAUUGGAUACGAGCUCUCUGUCCGAAAGGUCGGGAAGGAAGUCGCAACCUCGAAUGGGCAAGCUUAUUAUCCCAUCUACGAGCUCGCGCCAUAUCGCCUGGCUGCGGUGAGUGGAGGUAUCUUUGUGGCAUUCAUCUGGACAUUCUUCCCAUACCCCAUUUCGGAACACUCAGUGCUCCGGCAGAGUCUAGGAGCAUCUCUGUAUCUGCUGGCCAAUUAUUACUCCAUUAUCCACGAAACGCUAUCUGCUCGUAUCCGCGGUGAUGAAGGUGACACAUCGUUGAAAACCUCCGCAGGCCGCAAAUUGGAGAAGGCCCGGCAUAAAGUCUUUUCGAAGCAGAUGCUCAUGUUGGCCGGUCUGCGGACUUACUCCGGGUUUUUGACAUGGGAGGUUCCCAUCGGUGGAAGAUUUCCCAAAGAGCAAUACGACUCGAUUAUUGUCUGCGUUGAAAACAUUGUGAGCUACCUCAGUCUGCUCGGAUACGCAUCUGAUACUCUGAUGCGCGUUAACGAUGAUGAUGACGGAUCGGGAUCGGGAUCGGCCUGGAUGCAUGAUUUCCGACGUCUCGUCGCUACCGCCAAGGUCACAACUCACGAAGUGACAUCCCUGUUGUGUCUUCUGUCGGCCAGUAUUACCAAUCGCCAGCCAUUGCCCCCGUACCUCAAAACUCCACGGCCGUACAGCUUUUCCAAGCGACUGGAGGCGCUGGAUAAGGAUAUCUUGAGUAUCAAGCACAUUGCCGAACCGGGCUUUGCAGCGUUCGCCGUCUUGCAAAUUUCCACUCGCUGUAUAGUCGGAGACGUGGAAAGACUCAUGUGGCAUGUGAAAGGCCUUGUUGGAGAGCUGGAUUUCUCUUUCCAUGCCGUCAGCACGACAGAUGCGAGAAUAUCGCAUUCUAGAAUGACGUCACGAGCACCAUCAAGAGUCUCUGUUAAUGAAACCCAGGCAGCCGAUCGCGACAAGACGGAUUGA